AUGACAGCGUUACUGCAAACGGAUUUGCCAGACCUCCAUCUACUUUCAAGAGGAAAGGUCCGCGAUGUCUAUGCAACUUCGUCGCCUGAUCAUCUAUUGUUUGUCGCAACCGACCGGAUAUCGGUGUACGAUGUUAUCCUGAACAGUGGUAUCCCAGACAAGGGUAAACUCCUCACAAGCAUCUCGCUAUUUUGGUUCGAGAAGCUGAAGGAUAUCAUUCCUAACCAUCUGGUCACCGUCAACAUCGAUGAGAUGCCGGAAGAAGUCCGGCAAUACCGCGAGCAACUCGAGGGCCGCACUAUGCUUGUAAGAAAGGCGAGAAUAGUGCCAAUGGAAGCAAUCGUCAGGGGGUACAUCACUGGAUCCGCCUGGGCAGAGUACCAGAAGUCGCAAACGGUAUGCAGUAUUCCUAUACCAGCGAAGAUGGAAGAAUCCCAGAAGUUCCCCACACCGAUCUUCACUCCAUCCACAAAGGCUGAGCAAGGCGCUCAUGACGAGAAUAUCUCGCCUGAAAAAGGUACCGUUGUUGGGAAAGCUUCUUUAAAGUCACUCAUGCCCACUAUAUCAGCUGCUCAACUCAUUGGACAAGAUCUAUUCGACCGUAUCCAAACUGCCUCUUUGCAGCUCUACACGGCCGCUACUGAAUACGCAGAAUCAUGUGGACUCAUCCUCGCUGACACGAAGUUUGAAUUCGGUCUUGUUCCCUCUGCUUCUGGUGGGCAAGACGAGCUCAUCCUUGUGGACGAAGUCCUUACGCCUGACUCGUCACGAUACUGGCCCCGAGACCAAUAUGAACCUGGCAAAGGCCAGCCAAGCUUUGACAAGCAGUAUGUCAGAAAUGCAUUGACUGCCGCUGGAUAUAGAAAAGGAUUAGAGAGUGGACCAAACGGAAACGGUGAGGGUUGGGCAAUUGACGAUACCGUCAUCGAAGGAACUCGAAAAAGGUACAAAGAAGCCGAGCAAAUGCUCAAGUCGUCACACUCUUAG